UACUGAUACUCACUAAAUCCUCCUGUUAGCAGCAUGAUUGUGGUGCUCGUGCUUGUGCUACUAGUGGUGUCAUCGUUUCUUCUCAACACCGGGUUCGAGUAUCAAGGUAAGAUACUCGUCUGUGUGUCUACGAUACUCUUGGGCAUCCAUAGGCUCAUCACCUUUUCAGAAGAAGAGAAGCUCUCUCUUUGAAGAGCAAAGUCGGUGUGGUUUUAUGAGAGGUUUGGUCGUUGCCUUGGCCGUUAAGGGGGUUCCUAGUAUUGGCUGUUCGGGUGUGGUCUAGUGUUUUUUUGCAACUUCGCUCAUUGAUUGUACUAUGUGCCCAGAGCUAUGGGCAAGGUGUUGACGAAUGGUUAUUUUGGCAGUGGUGCGAAUAAAACGACGCGGUGGUCAGCCGGUGAAUAUUGGGUUAUUUGUACCGCCAGGCCCUUUUAUGCCCUCGGGCAAGAAGGUGAAAUGUGUUCAUAGGUAUUCAAUUCACAGUAAUAGCACUACAGCGCUGAUGAUAACUUGUGCGCACCUAAACUUUAAUCAAUUGGUGUGGUCCACAGGAAUUAUGAAUUUACUAAUUCUUUUAUUAUACAAUUAUUCUGCAAUAGACAACAACAAGAAUUGUGUCAUGUAAGAUCAAUUACACAUAAAA